AUGGCGGACAACGACGCGGCCGGCUUUGCGGCGUUUAUGGCGACGGUGGACAGUGACGCGUCGCAGUCGGUAGCGGCUGAGCAGCAGGACGAGUACCAGUACGAGGAGCAGCAGGAGCGGAAAGCCAUGAUGAAGAGCUACCACCACCCGAUGAAGCAGUGGUUUAGGCAGAGACCGCAGCUGGAGGCCAAGUACGGAGUGUUUCCGUUGUUCUGGCAAGAGCUCGAGACGUGGGAGCCGUAUCGCGAAGUGCUGAAGGCGUACAUUAAGUUUACCGAUCAUGGAGACGACAGGGAGAGUGCAGAGAAGCGAGAGAACAAGGAGGAGACGUCAAAGGCAGAAGGUGCCGCUGGAGACGGCAUUGCGGAGACGGAAGAACAGCCAAAGAAACGACGCAAAAGUCGGUGGGGAGACCCGGUCGAGCCUGCAGCAGACAGCAAUGGCGAGAAGAAGAGGAAAAAGUCCCGCUGGGCUCCUGCAUCUAGCGCCUCUUCGGCAGUAGCCGGUCUGCUCAAUCAGAAGCAGCAGCAAACUGUCGUGCUCCGUGCUCAGCUCGAGAGCAUCAGCCAGAAAAUAAAGACAGUGGCUCAGGACGCUGCGCUGGCAAAGAAAGACCCGAACCGCUCUCCGUCGCCGGCACCGCAGUACGACUCGACUGGAAAGUGCAUCAACACGCGUGAAGUGCGCAUGAAAGCUGCACUGGAAAAGCGCCGGCGUGAAACGAUUGAUCAGCUGCUGAAGAUCAACCCGUUGUUUCGACCGCCAGCAGACUACACGCGUCAGAAACUGAACCGCAAGAUUUACAUUCCGUACCGAGACUUUCCGUCGUACAAUUUCAUCGGUCUGAUCAUCGGACCUCGUGGCAAUACGCAAAAACGCAUGGAGCGAGAAACCAACUGCAAGAUUGCUAUUCGUGGCAAGGGCUCUGUAAAGGAAGGCAGCAAGGGCAAGAAGAUGAACGCCGAUGAGGAUGAUGACUUGCACGUGCUCAUCACAGGUGACCGUGAAGAGGAUCUUGACAAGGCAGCGAAGGAGGUGCAGAGCUUGUUAGUGCCAGUGGACGACACAAAAAACUCGCACAAGCAGAAGCAACUGCGUGAAUUGGCCCUUAUCAACGGUACACUCCGAGACGACGACUAUUGCCAUAUUUGUGGCGAAAAAGGUCAUCGACAAUGGGAGUGCCCCAAUCGUGAUGCUCAUCGUACAUUCAAGGCAGUGAACGUCAAGUGUGCUAUAUGUGGUGACUCUAGUCACCCGACUCGCGAUUGUACUCAGAAGAAGUCCGUUGAAGAGAGCGCUGCAAUUGACAAAGAAUAUCAGCAGUUCAUGCAGCAGCUCGGUGAAGCACCUAUCAUUUCGACGGCUACAAAGGUGAAAACGCCAGAGGUAGCGACGACAACUCCGGCUGUGUCAGCACCAUGGCUGCAACCAGCAAAGGUUUCUUCAAGCGCGACCACACAGCCUUGGAUGAUGAAGCAAUCUGUUGGAGCACCGGGUACAGCUAGCGCUCCAGGUGUGCAAGCGCCUCGACCGGCCACUAUGGGCUCUACUCCAGCAACAGCGUUCCCACCCCCGGUCGCGCCGGUUGGUGGAUACGAUUACCAAGCGCAAGGACAGGAUUGGGGGCAGCACGGAUGGAAUGGUGGGUACAAUUCGUAUUACGGGACCUGGAAUCAAAGUACACCGGGCGCCGACUAUCAGGCGUACGGUCACUUUGGGCCUCCUGCGGGUGGCGCGGAUGCGAAUACUGGCACACCUCGAGCUAGUGGAGCAGACCAACACCAAUACGCGUCCCACGGCAACCCGCCGCAAUAA